UACAGCGCUACCAGACUACAGGCUGGGUAUGAACCCGAAAGUAUGGCAGACUACCUAAUUAGUGGAGGCACUGGAUACGUUCCAGAAGACGGACUCACUGCCCAACAGCUUUUUGCUAACUCUGAUGGUCUCACUUACAAUGACUUUUUGAUUCUACCUGGAUUCAUUGACUUUACAGCUGAUGAAGUGGAUCUGACUUCUGCCUUGACUCGCAAAAUAACUUUGAAGACACCCUUAAUCUCCUCCCCCAUGGACACUGUGACCGAAUCUGAUAUGGCCAUUGCAAUGGCGCUAAUGGGAGGUAUAGGUAUUAUUCAUCACAAUUGUACUCCAGAAUUUCAAGCCAAUGAAGUCCGCAAAGUGAAGAAAUUUGAGCAAGGUUUUAUUACUGACCCGGUUGUCAUGAGCCCCUCGCACACUGUGGGUGAUGUUUUUGAAGCUAAAACCCGACAUGGCUUUUCUGGCAUUCCGGUAACGGAAACAGGAAAAAUGGGCAGCAAGUUGGUGGGCAUCGUCACCUCCAGAGAUAUAGACUUUUUGACUGAGAAGGAUUACACCACUUAUCUGAGCGAGGUAAUGACCAAGAGAGAUGAACUUGUUGUUGCUCCUGCUGGAGUCACCCUUAAAGAAGCUAAUGAAAUCCUUCAGCGUAGUAAGAAAGGAAAACUGCCCAUAGUAAAUGACAGUGAUGAGCUAGUGGCCAUCAUUGCUAGGACAGACUUGAAGAAGAACCGUGACUACCCGCUUGCCUCCAAGGACUGCCACAAACAACUGCUUUGUGGUGCGGCUGUAGGAACCAGAGAAGAUGACAAGUAUCGGCUCGAUCUUCUCAUGCAAGCUGGCGUUGAUGUUGUAGUACUGGACUCUUCUCAGGGUAAUUCUGUUUAUCAGAUAAACAUGAUCCACUACAUCAAACAGAAGUAUCCUGAUCUGCAAGUGGCAGGAGGAAAUGUUGUAACGGCAGCACAAGCCAAGAAUCUCAUUGAUGCUGGGGUGGAUGCUCUUCGGGUAGGCAUGGGAUGUGGAUCCAUAUGCAUCACUCAGGAAGUAAUGGCCUGUGGCAGACCUCAGGGAACUGCGGUAUACAAAGUUGCAGAAUAUGCUCGCAGGUUUGGUGUCCCAGUUAUAGCAGAUGGCGGAAUUCAAACAGUGGGACAUGUGGUGAAAGCUUUGGCUCUAGGUGCCUCUACAGUAAUGAUGGGCUCUUUGCUGGCUGCUACCACAGAGGCACCUGGCGAAUAUUUCUUCUCUGAUGGUGUGAGGCUAAAAAAAUACAGAGGAAUGGGAUCACUGGACGCCAUGGAGAAAAAUACUAGUAGCCAGAAGAGAUAUUUCAGUGAAGGGGAUAAAGUGAAAGUGGCCCAAGGAGUAUCUGGUUCCAUUCAAGACAAAGGAUCCAUUCAUAAGUUUGCACCAUACCUAAUUGCAGGCAUUCAACAUGGCUGCCAAGACAUAGGGGCCAAAAGUCUCUCCAUACUACGUUCUAUGAUGUAUUCUGGGGAACUAAAACUGGAAAAGAGAACCAUGUCUGCCCAAGUAGAAGGUGGAGUCCAUGGUCUCCAUUCAUAUACAUUCCUACCAUUUACGAGAAACGACUAUACUGAAACUGGGAGACGUAGCCAUCGCCAGUCUACUCCCAACAUUCCCUCUCUGGUCCCAACCAAACCCACGUGAUGCAUUGAAGAGACCCGCCUCCGUUGUCCCCAGCUCUUCGCCUUUUCCCUUUUCCCUGAAUUAUGCAGGAAAUCCAACUCGGCAAUGUUUACUGACUCACUGCAUGGUGUGGUAUUUGCACUAAGGACACCUUUGCAUAGGGUGUGUAAGAAAGACUUGAAAGAACGAAAGACCAAACUGCUGCCAUGCUGAAAUACCAACUAAUCAUUUGUGCUGAAUUAGCAGAACUUAGAAGUACAUUUGUUACAUUCACAUCUGUUUGAAAAUACAGUGAUAAUUCUGAGUGCUUACUUGGAGUGGAUAGAAAUACAUUACUGUUGGAACAUUACCAGAAAUGAUGAUCAUAUUAAUUGUGUCAUAUUCCGAAUUCUUAGAUAUAUUUUAUGUGAUGGUAACACUGACAAUCUGCAGUCUCUUCCAUACCAUGUUUCGGCAUCAUGAAAUGGGGCUGUGAUGGAAGCAGUGGGUCAGUUUUCAAAUGAAAGUAGCUCAAAUGAAUAGCAAACUAUGGAGUUUACCUCCGAUGGUAAUAUUGUCAGGCUGCUCUCUAUGGGUUGCAUUAACUCAUUUUUACUUUGUUGCAAGCUUGGCUUAACUUGGCAGCGUGACUGCAUAUGCACAUUUGUCAAUUAUUAUAUAAGGAUAUUCAG